AGAGGGGUGUGCUCAGGGUGAGCUUGGAGUUGGGCAUUUAAUGUAACUGGGAAAGCUGAGGCACCUGGGGGGCAGGGUCAGUUGCAGAUAACAGUAAAAUGGCUUUAUUCCCUGCCCCCCCUUCCCUGGGGCUGGGGCCACCCUUAUGAGUGACAUCCCAGGCUGCAGGCCCACUGUUCUUCUCUGUCAGCAGAAAUCUCUCUCUCUUCUGACCCCUCCUGCUGGGGUCUCAGCCAGCCAAUCCCUGAUCUGGGGGAAGGGGGAGCCUGGCCCCCCCCACUCCCUCAUAAGGACCAGCUGGGGGCUGGGGGGGUGGCCGGCUGCUGCAAGUGGGACUGGGGUCAGAACUUUGUGGAAGGAGGAAGAAUCUGGGGGGGGCAGGCGAGAAAAAGGAAGGAGCCCAGAUCAACAGGCAGGUGGACACACGGAAGACGUUCCCCCUCCAGUGAGAGGCCCCUAAGAAGGAAUACAUCGCCCCCUGGGCCCCAAGAAGGGAGCACAAUGGAGGCCGCACACUCCAAGUCCACAGAGGAAUGUUUGUCCUUUUUUGGGGUGAGCGAGACCACAGGCCUUACCCCAGAUCAAGUUAAGCGGCAUCUGGAAAAAUAUGGCCCCAAUGAGCUCCCUGCUGAGGAAGGCAAGUCCCUGUGGGAGUUAGUGGUGGAGCAGUUUGAAGACCUGCUGGUGCGGAUUCUUCUCCUGGCGGCCUGCAUCUCCUUCGUGCUGGCCUGGUUUGAGGAAGGCGAAGAAACUGUCACGGCCUUUGUGGAACCUUUUGUCAUUCUCUUGAUCCUCAUUGCCAAUGCUAUCGUGGGGGUUUGGCAGGAACGGAAUGCAGAGAACGCCAUCGAGGCACUUAAAGAGUAUGAACCUGAGAUGGGGAAGGUCUAUCGGGCUGACCGAAAGUCAGUGCAAAGGAUCAAGGCUAGGGACAUCGUCCCUGGGGAUAUCGUUGAGGUGGCUGUGGGAGACAAAGUCCCGGCAGAUAUCCGCAUCCUCUCCAUCAAAUCCACCACCCUCCGGGUCGACCAGUCCAUCUUGACAGGAGAGUCUGUAUCUGUCAUCAAGCACACAGAUCCUGUCCCUGACCCCCGAGCCGUCAACCAGGACAAGAAGAACAUGCUCUUCUCAGGUACCAACAUUGCAGCCGGCAAGGCCGUGGGCAUUGUGGCCACCACGGGUGUGAGUACUGAGAUUGGCAAGAUCCGAGACCAGAUGGCUGCCACGGAGCAGGACAAGACCCCGCUGCAGCAGAAGCUGGACGAGUUUGGGGAACAGCUGUCCAAGGUCAUCUCCCUCAUCUGUGUGGCUGUCUGGCUUAUCAACAUUGGUCACUUCAACGACCCUGUCCAUGGGGGCUCCUGGUUCCGGGGGGCCAUUUACUACUUCAAGAUUGCUGUGGCUUUGGCUGUGGCAGCCAUCCCAGAAGGGCUUCCUGCUGUCAUCACCACCUGCUUGGCCUUGGGUACCCGCCGGAUGGCAAAGAAGAACGCCAUCGUGAGGAGCUUGCCCUCUGUGGAGACCCUGGGCUGUACCUCUGUCAUCUGUUCUGACAAAACAGGGACCCUCACCACCAACCAGAUGUCGGUCUGCAAGAUGUUCAUCAUUGACCGGGUGGAUGGGGAUGUCUGCUCGCUGAAUGAGUUCUCCAUCACUGGCUCCACGUAUGCUCCCGAAGGAGAGGUUUUGAAGAAUGAUAAGCCAAUCCGAGCAGGGCAGUACGAUGGGCUGGUGGAGCUGGCCACCAUCUGUGCCCUCUGCAAUGACUCCUCCUUGGACUUUAAUGAGACCAAAGGUGUUUACGAGAAGGUAGGCGAGGCCACGGAGACAGCCCUCACUACCUUGGUGGAGAAGAUGAAUGUGUUCAACACUGAAGUGAGAAGCCUCUCGAAAGUGGAGCGGGCUAAUGCCUGCAACUCGGUGAUCCGCCAACUGAUGAAGAAGGAAUUCACCCUGGAAUUCUCCCGCGACAGGAAGUCUAUGUCUGUUUACUGUUCCCCAGCUAAGUCUUCUCGGGCUGCUGUAGGAAACAAGAUGUUUGUCAAGGGUGCCCCUGAGGGGGUCAUCGACCGCUGUAACUAUGUGCGUGUUGGCACAACCCGUGUGCCACUGACAGGCCCGGUGAAGGAAAAGAUCAUGUCAGUGAUCAAGGAGUGGGGGACCGGUCGGGACACCCUACGCUGCCUGGCCCUGGCCACCCGGGACACCCCCCCUAAACGAGAGGAGAUGGUUCUAGAUGACUCAGCCAAGUUCAUGGAGUACGAGAUGGACCUGACAUUUGUUGGUGUUGUGGGCAUGCUGGAUCCACCCCGCAAGGAAGUCACAGGCUCUAUCCAGCUGUGCCGCGAUGCUGGGAUCCGAGUGAUCAUGAUCACCGGGGACAACAAGGGGACAGCCAUUGCCAUCUGCCGAAGAAUUGGCAUCUUUUCGGAGAACGAGGAGGUGACAGACCGUGCCUACACUGGCCGUGAGUUUGACGAUCUGCCCCUGGCUGAGCAGCGGGAAGCCUGCAGACGCGCCUGCUGCUUCGCCCGUGUGGAGCCGUCACACAAGUCCAAGAUUGUGGAGUACCUGCAGUCCUAUGAUGAGAUCACAGCCAUGACAGGGGAUGGUGUCAAUGAUGCCCCUGCCCUGAAAAAGGCUGAGAUUGGCAUUGCCAUGGGCUCUGGUACUGCCGUGGCUAAGACAGCCUCCGAGAUGGUGCUGGCUGAUGAUAACUUCUCCACCAUUGUGGCUGCUGUGGAGGAGGGCCGUGCCAUCUACAACAACAUGAAGCAGUUCAUCCGCUACCUCAUCUCCUCCAACGUGGGCGAGGUGGUCUGCAUCUUCCUGACAGCCGCCCUGGGGCUGCCUGAGGCCCUGAUCCCUGUGCAGCUGCUAUGGGUGAACCUGGUGACCGACGGGCUCCCUGCUACUGCUCUGGGCUUCAACCCACCUGACCUGGACAUCAUGGACCGUCCCCCCAGGAGUCCCAAGGAGCCUCUCAUCAGCGGCUGGCUCUUCUUCCGCUACAUGGCAAUUGGGGGCUAUGUGGGUGCAGCCACUGUGGGAGCAGCUGCCUGGUGGUUCUUGUAUGCAGACGAUGGGCCUCACGUCACCUACCACCAGCUGACUCACUUCAUGCAGUGCACUGAGCACAACCCUGAAUUCGACGGCCUGGACUGUGAAGUCUUCGAGGCCCCUGAGCCCAUGACCAUGGCCCUGUCGGUGUUGGUGACUAUUGAAAUGUGCAAUGCUCUCAACAGCCUGUCUGAGAACCAGUCCCUGCUGCGGAUGCCGCCCUGGGUGAACAUCUGGCUGCUGGGUUCCAUCUGCCUGUCCAUGUCCCUCCACUUCCUCAUCCUCUAUGUUGACCCCCUGCCGAUGAUCUUCAAGCUCCGGGCCCUGGACUUUACCCAGUGGCUCAUGGUCCUCAAGAUCUCACUUCCAGUCAUCGGACUAGACGAGCUUCUCAAGUUCAUUGCUCGGAACUAUCUAGAGGGUAAGAGACACACCCCUUUUCCCUGGUACCCAGUCCUGAGCAGAGCCCCUGCCCUCUUGCGCUGCGAAUACGCGCCACACCUCACACCUUCUUCCUUUGCAGGUGGGUAAGUUCUCUUAGGCCCUGGCAGGACCAAUGUCCCCAGGGAGGGCAGCCCAAGCUCUGUCCCAUUCCAUGACUGGCGGGGUUUUCCCCCAGCCUGCUCAGCCCUCUGGCCCCGUGGGCCUCCUUCCCCCUUGAUAACGGCCUCUCUCUGUCCUCUCUGGCCAUAGGAUAACCGUCCCCCUCCUCCAUGUCUUUGAACGUGUCACAGGUAUUUCCCUACACACCUUGCCCCAGCUGCUGUACCCUGCCGCUCGCCCACCAGCCCACGCGCACCCCUGCGGUCACUUGCGCUCGCAGCUCUCCCUGGAGCCACUGCUGCUGUUGCCACUGCCCGCUUCCACAGUAGGGCCAUGCCCUUCCUGUGGGCACUGGCAGCUGUGAGGCUGCGUCCUGGCCUUCCAGUCUGCUGGGCUGCGCUGCGUUGCGCUGGCUGUCUCUGCUGCUGGGGUGGUGGUGGCUGGGGGCGGGCUAGGGUCUGGCACACACAGGUGAGUAGGGAAGGGGGCCGCAGGCCCCUCCAGGUGAGUGUGAUGGAGAUGCCUGCUCCAUCCCCUUCCUUUCUUCUUCCAGAUCCAGAAGAUGAAAGAAGGAAGUAAACAGCCCUUUUGCCCUGCCGCCCCCACCCGCAUAGCAAUGCAUCUCCAGCCAGAGCUGAGACACAGGCCCUUUUUCUCCCCCGAUUCUGUGUAUAAACAAAGUUCCCUGGCCCUCUGUCCCCCUUCAGCAACCUGCCCUCCCUCUGAACCUUGUAAAUCCCCUCCCAGCCUCAUGGGGCUUGCAGGGACAAGGCGACUGACUGAGCUCAGCUGCUUAUUUAUUCAAAAUAAAUGACAGAAAAGUCUG